AUGGGUCUUCGCACUGUGAAAUCUAUCCCUCCUAAGUGUCGACUUGGGUUUGCAAGGACUCUGAAAGGAGCUUUGGAUGAUGUGGGUGUUUCUCCCGGCGACCUCUCAUGCUGGAUUCGCUUACUUGUGUUGUCUCUCUGCGUGCUUAAGACCUUUUAUCCGCGGAGUAAUCUUGAGUGUCGGUCCGCUGAUAGGCGCCUUCGUCAGGAGGAGAGUGUUACCAGUGCUAUUAUUGUUUGGGGGUCUGGUGGCAGUUUGCAGCUUUUGCGAGUGACUUUAGAUGAGGUUCCCCCUCCGUUUUCUGUAGAGGAGGAGCUUGUUUCAGGUGAGCUCAACCUUUGGCAAUGUCGGAGGAAGAUUUGUGAUGGGCAUUAUACUGCUGUUGUUCGGGUUCUUUCCUCAUCCGAUGUUGCCCCUUAUUCUGAUGCCACUCUUCUGGCCUUGCAAGAUAAGCAUCUUGUUGCCCCACCUCCCUCAUUACCGACUUCGCCUGUGGAUCAUCAUCCUCUUGUUGUCUCUUCAGCCGUUGUUUUGGAUAUGAUUAGGAGCUUUCCCCGUGGUACAUCUUGCGGGAGGGAUGGUUUUCGUGCUCAACAUCUUAUGGAUUGUUUGGGUGGUGCUGAUGUGGCUAUCUCGGAUGAUUUGCUAGCCUCUAUUACUCGAGUGGUUAAUCUUUUCAUUGAGGGUCGAUGUCUGCAGCCCCUUGGUGAGUACAUUGCUAGCGCUCCGCUCACGUCUCUUGUUAAACCAGGGGGUGGUAUCUGUCCUAUAGUUGUUGGCACUGUUUGGAGACGUCUUGUUUCUAAGGUUGGUGCUUGUCUUGUUGGCCCUACUUUAUCUGGUUAUUUUGCUGGUCUUCAGUUUGGGGUCGGGGUUUCUGGUGGAGGAGAGGCUAUUUUGGCAUGCCUUGAACCGGUUCGUCGAGGCCCGCGGUGGUGA